AUGCCUUCCAUGCAAAUGGAAGAUUUAUCAGAUAAAGACCGUUUGAAAAUGGAGAUAGAGCAACUUAAGAAAGAAUUGCCUUUAGAGCGGAUGCUGGUAUCCAAGUGUGCGGAGGAACUGAAGGAUUACAUUGAAUCACAGUCUGCAGAAGAUCCUUUGGUAAAGGGGAUCCCAGAAGACAAGAAUCCCUUCAAAGAGAAGGGAGGCUGUGUGAUCUCAUAA